GUACGAAUUUGAUAAACAUAAUCAAUGUAAUUUAUUAAAAAUCAAAUUAUUUUAUUGAUGAGGUCAGCUUAAUGCUACCAGAUCAGCCAUAAAGUCAACUAUUUUAUUACCUCAGUGAAUACUGAUUUUAAUUUGUUCUCCAAUCUAUUCUCAUUUGCCCCUUCAAUCGGAUGUCAUUUGGAUCAAAAAACGACUUAACAGCUUAGGAGCUCUUUCUAUGAUAUUUAAGUCAAUACCUCUCUUCAAGUUGUUCAAGAUAACCAAGUUUUAAUUUUCAUUGUUCGCCACUCUCAAGAUGUCUAAAUAUUCUGUCUUGGACAAGUAUUUGUCAGCAAAAUUACCUGAUGACGCUGUGAAAGUUACCUACGUUUGGAUCGAUGGCUCAGGCGAGCACGUUAGAUCCAAAACAAGAACCAUGUCAACGGUUCCAAUGUCACCUAAAGAUUGCCCGAUAUGGAAUUUUGAUGGAAGUUCUACAGGACAAGCUGAAGGAAAUAAUUCCGAUGUGGAUUUACUUCCAGUUGCUCUCUACAAUGACCCUAUCCGAGGUGGUAACAGCAAAUUAGUUAUGUGUGAAUGCAAAACAAGCAACGGAAAACCAGCAAAAGGAAACUUCAGAUAUUCUUGCUUGGAGGCAAUGGAUAAAGUUGAUCGUGAUUUUGAACCCUGGUUUGCUAUCGAGCAAGAAUUUAUUCUUCUUGAUUUAGAUGACUAUCCUCUUGGAUGGCCUAAAGGCGGUUUCCCUGGUCCACAAGGUCCAUAUUAUUGUGGUGUUGGUGCUGGAAGAAUUGUGGCUCGCAAAAUAAUUGAAGCCCAUUACACAGCAUGUUUACAAGCUGGAAUCCCGAUUUCCGGAACAAAUGCGGAAGUUUUGCUUGGCCAGUGGGAAUUCCAGGUUGGACCCUCACGAGGUGUUGCCAUUGGUGACGAUUUAUGGAUGGCAAGAUAUUUGCUUCACUCUAUUGCAGAAGAGGUCGACAUUAAAGUCUCUUUCGACCCAAAACCGGUUCCAGGUAAUUGGAAUGGUUCAGGAGCACAUACAAACUUCUCAACAAAACAAACAAGAGCAAAGGAUGGGCUAAAAGUUAUUGAAGAGUACAUCGAGUCUUUGAGAGUGAACCACUCCAAGCAUAUUGGAAAGUAUGAUCCCAGAGGAGGUGCUGACAAUGCUCGACGUCUUACUGGACUCCAUGAAACUUCAUCAAUAAAUACUUUCUCGGCUGGUGUUGCAAAUAGAGGUGCAUCUGUCCGAAUUCCGAGAUCUGUUGCCACUGAUGGAUGUGGUUAUCUUGAGGAUCGACGACCCGCAUCUAAUGUUGAUCCUUAUGUUGUCAGCGAAGCUCUCGUCAGAACUUGUUGCUUGAAAGAGUAAUGGUGAUUGUGGCAUGAUAUAUAUUCAAGGCCAAUGAAGCAAAAAUGAUUGAUUUACUGGUUUGAAAUGAAAAAAAUAAAUUUAAUUUCGUGAUUUAAUGAUAAAAUUUAAAGCAUCCGCUAUUACAAGGCGAACCAGGCUGAAUAGAGAUUGACUUUGAAUAGGCUGAUGAAAAGUUUCUAAUGUAUCAGAGAGAAUUGAAUUAAGCAAUGUUAUUUGUCAUCCACUUGUCACCACAUAUCUUUAUCCUUGUUAAAUGAUUAAGAUCUAAUAAAUUGUCUGAUUUACUUUAUUCAAACUUCA